AGGUCAGGCGUCGCGACGCCGACGUCUUCUACCGGCUGAUCGAUUCUCCAGGCCACUUCCUCGUGCCACUGCAAACCUAAUUUUCCGUCGCCGGAAUCGUGUUGUCUCGACUAAGAGUUUUUCUGUAUUGCCUCCUUGGUCCUAAAUGCGCCGUUUUGCGGGAAAAUAUGGAUCCCAGGUCGAUUAGUGUGUAUGUCAUGUGAACAGGGUGCAUUUGGCAACCAGCUUUGCUGGUGUAUAAAAUAUGACGACAGACAUUAGUAUAGUAAGGUGGGACCCCACCUUACAGCAAGAAAUAGUAGAAGAUUACGAAUACGAUGGCGGAAACUCGUCAUCCCGACUUUUCGAAAGAUCUCGCAUCAAAGCUUUAGCAGACGAAAGAGAAAGUGUUCAGAAGAAGACUUUCCAAAAAUGGGUAAAUUCGCAUUUAGUUCGGGUAAACUCCCGCAUCACAGACUUAUACUGCGAUCUAAGAGACGGAAAGAACUUAAUAAAACUACUAGAAGUAUUAUCGGGCGAGAGACUGCCCAGACCCACGAAGGGUAAAAUGCGCAUCCACUGCCUGGAGAAUGUCGAUAAGGCACUACAAUUUCUUAGAGAGCAACGUGUUCACUUAGAGAAUAUGGGGUCCCACGAUAUAGUAGACGGAAACCCACGCUUAUCGCUUGGUCUCAUCUGGACCAUAAUCCUCCGCUUCCAAAUCCAAGACAUCACGAUCGAAGAGACCGACAACCAGGAGACGAAGUCUGCCAAGGACGCGCUCCUCCUGUGGUGCCAGAUGAAGACCGCCGGCUACCACAACGUCAACGUUAGGAACUUCACCACCUCCUGGCGCGACGGUCUCGCUUUCAAUGCACUCAUCCACAAACAUCGUCCCGAUUUGAUACACUUCGAUAAACUGUCCAAGUCGAACCCGAUGCACAACUUAAACAACGCUUUCAACGUAGCCGAGGACAAAUUAGGGCUAACGAAACUCCUGGACGCCGAAGACGUGUUCGUAGAGCAGCCGGACGAGAAGUCCAUUAUCACUUACGUCGUUACUUACUACCACUACUUCAGCAAGAUGAAGCAAGAAACGGUACAAGGAAAACGUAUCGGCAAGGUCGUCGGUAUCGCCAUGGAAAACGAAAGGAUGAUCAAGGAGUACGAAUCCCUCACCAGCGAUUUACUGGCUUGGAUAGAAGCCACCAUACAAGCUCUAGGCGAACGAAGAUUUGCCAACAGCCUCACCGGCGUUCAAGCGCAGCUGGCACAGUUCAACAAUUAUCGAAUAGUAGAAAAACCGCCGAAGUUCGUCGAGAAAGGUAACUUGGAAAUCCUCCUGUUCACCCUUCAGUCGAAGAUGCGGGCGAACAAUCAACGGCCAUACACCCCUAAGGAGGGUAAAAUGAUUUCGGACAUUAACAAGGCGUGGGAAAGAUUAGAAAAGGCCGAACACGAGCGCGAAUUGGCGCUCAGAGAGGAAUUGAUCCGCCAGGAGAAAUUGGAACAACUAGCCGCUAGGUUUAACAGGAAAGCCAGCAUGCGAGAGACGUGGUUGAGCGAAAAUCAAAGGCUCGUCUCGCAAGACAACUUCGGGCAAGAUUUGGCCGCCGUCGAAGCGGCUGCUAAGAAACACGAAGCCAUCGAAACCGACAUCUUUGCGUACGAAGAGAGAGUACAAGCCGUCGUGUCGGUGGCCGCCGAGCUGGAAGCGGAAAAUUACCACGACAUGGAGAGAAUCAACGCCAGGAAAGAAAACGUACUGCGCCUCUGGAAUUACCUCUUGGAAUUGCUUAGAGCACGUAGGAACCGCUUAGAUUUGUCACUUCAGCUGCAACAGAACUUCCAGGAGAUGUUGCACAUUCUAGAUGCCAUGGAGGAAUUGAAAGCUAGGUUGCUUACCGACGAUUACGGUAAACAUCUCAUGGGCGUCGAGGACCUCCUUCAGAAACACAACCUCCUCGAAGCCGAUAUUAACAUCCUCGGAGACAGGGUUAAGGCAGUCGCCAGCCAAUCGCAGAGAUUCGUCGACGUCGAAAAUGAGGAAGGUUACAAACCUUGUGAUCCUUCGUUGGUUCUGGAACGAGUACAACAAUUAGAAGAGGCAUACGCACAACUGGUGCGUCUGGCGGUGGAACGUAGAUCGCGCCUUGAAGAAAGUAAGAAAUUAUGGCAGUUCUACUGGGAUAUGGCAGAUGAAGAUAACUGGAUCAAAGAAAAGGAACAGAUCGUGUCUACGUCCGAUAUUGGUCACGACCUAACUACUGUUAAUUUGCUAUUGAGCAAACAUAAGAUCUUAGAAAAUGAACUGUCUGCACACGAACCUCAGCUUGAGGCGGCUCUUGGAGUCGGCGAAGAAUUAAUAAACGGCGGUCAUUUCGGCGCUGAGAAGAUUCAAGAGAGGCUUACUGAAAUCCGCGAUGCUUGGAAGCACCUGCUUGAUUUGGCCGCUUAUCGUAGAAAGCGAUUGGAAGAAGCAGUUGACUAUCACCAAUUAUUCGCCGACGCCGACGAUAUCGACAUUUGGAUGUUGGAUACGCUCAGAUUAGUUUCCAGUGAAGAUGUAGGCAGAGAUGAAGGAAACGCGCAAUCCCUCCUCAAAAAACACAAAGAUGUCACUGAAGAGCUUAAAAAUUACGUGAGCGUCAUCGACGCAUUGCACCAACAAGCCGAAGCUUUGGGCCCAGAAGUUGCUAACUCACCAGAAGUGUCUCAGAGGCUGGCUUCUAUUGACAAUAGAUACAAGGAGCUUUUGGAAUUGGCUAAAUUGAGAAAACAACGCUUACUAGACGCCCUUUCCUUGUACAAACUUCUCUCCGAAAGCGACGGUGUGGAACAAUGGAUCAGCGAGAAGGACCGCAUGUUGCAGACUAUGAUCCCCGCAAGGGACAUCGAGGAUGUGGAAAUCAUGAAACACCGUUACGACGGUUUCGAAAAAGAAAUGAACGCAAAUGCUUCUCGCGUUGCCGUCGUCAAUCAACUUGCACGCCAGUUAUUGCACGUGGAACACCCCAACUCGGAACAAAUCACCGCCAGACAGAAUCAGCUCAAUCAGAAGUGGGCGGAAUUACGCGAAAAGGCUGAAGCUAAAAGGGAAGAACUCAACUCGGCCCACGGUGUACAAACCUUCCACAUUGAAUGUCGGGAGACUAUCACCUGGAUCGAAGACAAAAUUCGUAUUUUACAAACCACUGACAGUUUGGAAAUGGAUCUUACUGGUAUUAUGACGUUACAGCGCCGUCUAUCUGGAAUGGAAAGAGAUCUAGCUGCUAUCCAAGCUAAACUUACGUCCUUACAGAAAGAGGCUGAGAGUAUCGAAGGCGAACAUCCUGAAGAGGCCGCCGUUAUUCGGGAACGCAUCACGCAAAUCCAAAUCAUUUGGGAGCGCUUGACUCAGAUGUUGAAGGAGCGCGAUUCUAAACUCGAAGAAGCUGGCGAUCUCCAUAGAUUCCUCCGUGAUCUCGAUCACUUCCAGGCGUGGCUUACAAAAACUCAAACCGACAUCGCGUCUGAGGAUACACCUAACUCCUUAUCCGAGGCUGAGAAACUGCUUUCUCAGCACCAGUCUAUUCGCGAAGAAAUCGACAAUUAUACCGACGAUUACACUAAGAUGAUGGAAUACGGGGAAAAGAUAACGGCGGAACCAAGCACUCAGGACGAUCCUCAGUACAUGUUCUUGAGGGAACGUCUGAAGGCGUUGAAAGAUGGAUGGGCUGAGAUCCAUCAGAUGUGGGAGAACAGACAACAACUGCUUUCUCAGUCACUCAGUUUGCAACUGCUCGACAGAGAUGCACGGCAGGUUGAGGUUAUUCUUAACCAACAAGAGCAUAUUCUCGGCAAAGACGAAAGUCCAACAACCCUCGAACAAGCAGAGAAUCUGCUGAAACGACACGAAGCAUUCCUUGCUACGAUGGAAGCCAAUGAUGAUAAGAUUAACGGAGUAGUCGAGUUUUCGCGCAGACUUUGCGACGAAGGUCACUUUGCUUCCGAUAAGAUUGCCAAACGUGCUGACAAUAUUGAUGAAAGACGUCAAGCCAAUAGAGAAAAAGCUCAAGCCCUUCUAGAAAGACUUCGCGAUCAAUUGGAACUCCACCAAUUCUUGAGAGAUUGCGACGAAUUGGGUGAAUGGAUUCAAGAAAAACAUAUCACCGCUCAAGAUGAAACCUACCGAUCCGCCAAAACGGUUCACUCGAAGUGGACGAGACAUCAAGCUUUCGAAGCGGAGAUUGCAGCAAACAAAGAACGUUUACAUAACCUACAAAAAGCAGGCGAAGAAUUGGCUAAAGAGAAACCGGAAUACGUUAGCCAUAUUCAACCUAAAGUAGAAGAAAUGGCGGAUCAGUUCGAUGUGUUGGAACAAACGACCAAAGAGAAGGGUGAACGCCUGUUUGACGCUAACCGCGAAGUACUCAUCCACCAAACCUGCGACGAUAUCGACUCUUGGAUGAACGAACUCGAAAAACAAAUCGAAAGUGACGAUACGGGUUCUGAUUUAGCCUCAGUCAACAUUCUCAUGCAAAAACAACAGAUGAUUGAAACUCAGAUGGCAGUCAAAGCUCUUCAAGUUGGAGAAUUGGAAAAACAAACGAAACAUUUGGAAACGGCUGCUCCAGAAAAGGAUAUGCAAGAAAUCAACUUUAAGAAACAGAAAGUGGAGGAACGCUUCCAACAGCUCAAGCAACCGUUACUGGAAAGGCAGAGGGUACUAGAAAAGAAGAAAGAAGCGUUACAAUUUAGAAGAGACGUCGAGGACGAGUUAUUGUGGAUUGCCGAAAAAAUGCCUCAGGCGACAUCCACCGAAUACGGUAACAGUCUUUUCCAGGUGCACAUGCUAGAAAAGAAGACUCAAUCCCUUCAGACCGAAGUAGAUAACCACGAACCUAGAAUUAAAACAGUUUGCAAUAAUGGUCAGAAAUUAAUUGAUGAAGGUCAUGAAGAUGCGGUUGAAUUCGGCAGACUAAUCAAUGAACUACACAAAGCCUGGCAAGAACUUAAAGAUGCCAUAGAUAAACGCAGGGAGAAUCUGUUAAGGAACGAACGUGCUCAACAGUACCUAUUCGAUGCCAAUGAAGCUGAGUGCUGGAUGAGUGAACAAGAACUGUACAUGAUGGUAGAGGAUAGAGGAAAAGACGAAACGUCUGCUAGGAACUUCAUGAAGAAACACGAAAGUUUAGAGGCGGCGGUAGAGGCCUACGCUGAUACUAUUAGAUCUCUUGGUGAAACCGUAAGGUCUCUGGCUGCUGAGGGUCAUCCUUUGGCUGAACAGGUGGCUGUUAAACAGUCCCAAUUGGACAAGUUGUACGCAGGCCUGAAAGAUCUGGCCGGAGAGAGAAGAGCCAAGCUAGACGAGGCCCUACAGCUUUUCUUACUGAACAGAGACGUCGGAGAUCUCGAACAGUGGAUCGCAGACAGGGAAGUUGUCGCUUCUUCCCACGAAUUAGGCCAAGAUUACGACCACGUCACCUUACUAUGGGAACGAUUCAAGGAGUUUGCGCACGAUACUGAAGCUAUCGGCAGUGAGAGAGUAGCGGGAGUGAACGACACCGCCGACCAACUAAUCGCGGCGGGACAUUCAGAUUCAGCCACCAUAGCUGAAUGGAAGGAUGGCCUCAAUGAGGCCUGGCAGGAUUUAUUGGAACUUAUCGAAACCCGCACCCAAAUGCUCGCUGCGUCUAGGGAAUUGCACAAGUUCUUCCACGACUGCAAAGACAUCCUUAGCCGUAUAAUGGAAAAGCAAGUGUCCAUGUCCGACGAACUGGGAAGGGACGCCGGAUCUGUCAACGGAUUGCAACGGAAACACCAGAACUUCUUGCAAGACUUGCAAACGCUGCAGUCCCAGGUGCAACAGAUCCAGGAGGAGUCUGCUAAAUUGCAAGCCAGCUAUGCCGGAGACCGAGCUAAAGAAAUCACCAACAGGGAGCAAGAAGUCGUUGCCGCUUGGGCGUCGCUACAGGCCGCCUGUGAGCAGCGACGGAGCAAGCUCGCCGACACCGGCGACUUGUUCAAAUUCUUCAAUUGGGUCCGCAACCUGAUGCAGUGGAUGGACGACGUCAUCAGACAGAUGAACACCAGCGAGAAGCCAAGGGACGUCAGCGGCGUGGAGUUGCUGAUGAACAACCACCAGAGCUUGAAGGCCGAGAUUGAGGCUCGGGAAGACGAUUUCACGGGUUGCAUUUCCCUCGGGAAGGAACUGUUGAACAGGAACCACUAUGCCAGCUCGGAGAUCAAGGAUAAAUUGGUAACUUUGAGCAACCACAGGAGCGGUGUCCGUCAACGAUGGGAAGAAAGGUGGGAAAAUCUGCAAUUGAUUUUGGAAGUGUAUCAGUUCGCUAGAGACGCUGCUGUGGCGGAGGCAUGGUUGAUAGCUCAGGAGCCUUACCUUAUGAGCACCGAGCUGGGUCAUACCAUCGACGAUGUUGAGAAUCUAAUAAAAAAACACGAGGCCUUUGAGAAAUCGGCGGCAGCGCAGGAGGAGAGGUUCAGUGCUUUGGAACGAUUGACAACAUUAGAAACAUGUGGUGGUAGUAGAUUGGUGGAAUGCCCUUUGCAUGACUCUUCUGUUUGCAACUUCUCCGUGAUAUUUCCUUCUUUCGAGAAAGUGAGGCCUGCUCCUGUACGGAAUUUGAGCGCGGCGUUCGUUAGGGACACGGUAAAUGCCAUCGUUCGUAACGAGGACAGAUUCUACAAGCCCCGGGUGCCUUGUAGGAGGGUAUUUACGUUGUACGGAGUUAAAAAGUAUUACCCGGAUUACGAAACGAAGGCAGCCAAACAAAAAAGUUUCCUGCACAAAUCGAGUAGUAGAAAACCGGUUAAAAAUAAUAGACCUUCUUGUGUCAGGUCUAUUUCGAUGUACGAAACGGGUCCCAGUAACGAUUUCGAUAAUCAAGUGCCGGACGAUUUCAAAAGCGACAAAUAUAUCUGUUACGACUUUUUGACGGCGGAACGGUUCGCCAAUUAUAUGCAGAAUAACGUUUCUUUUUGUAAGAGCAAGGACAACGUAUCGAAAGACGUGUACGCCAUGAAUUUGUUGAACCUUAAUUUGAAUAAUUCCGCGAAAGUUAAGAAACGGUUAGAAAAAGCAGGAGCGGCCGUUAAGAAAUCCUAUAGAAAGUCUUUUCCUCUCAUGUCUUCUACAGGCGAAUCGUUCGAAUUGAGAGAAAUGAAGAGGAGACAGGAAGCUGCCGAGGCUGAGGAGAGAGCCAGAAGAGAGCAGGAGGAAGCUGAAAGACUGGCGGCUAUCGCAGCUGCACAACCCAAGGAAGCUGAGCAAGUUACAACGGAUCGACCCGAUUCGAGUUCACCAGCUGUGGAAGAACGACCAGUGCAUGGACAACAACAGCCCCGACCUAUGACAUUACCGAGUACUCCCACCGCUAAACCGUCGCCGCCUCAGGCUUCUCCCCGCUCACAAACACUGUCGAGAGUCGAAGAAAAGGCCAAGCGAAAAGAUCGCUCUAGAAGCAAAUCUCCAUUUAGGAGUUUCCGUUGGAAAAAGGGCACCCCCAAAGCUUCCGGAACUCAUAGUGACGACGAGGGUGCUUCUGCUGCUUUACAAGAACACGGCAGCGUAGGAGACGAAGAAGGUUUCGAAGGCCAUCUAGUACGUAAACACGAAUGGGAAAGCACCACGACCAAGGCAUCGAAUAGGUCGUGGGACAAGGUGUUCUGCGUGCUCAGGGGUACGCAGUUUGCUUUCUACAAGGACAGCAAGGCUGCCAAGACCGCACCCGACCAGAGGUUUAAGGGCGAGGCCCCCCUGUCUCUACAUAAGGCCGUUGCCAGCGUAGCGCAGGAUUACAAGAAGAAGAAGCAUGUAUUUAGACUGAAGUUGGAGAGCGGAGGCGAAUUCCUAUUCCAGGCACACGACGAUGCUGAAAUGAACACGUGGAUUUCCCACAUUACUUCUCACGCUGAUACCGAUUCUUCAGGCCCCUCACGCUCGCAGACAUUGCCUGCGUCUGCGCAGAAGGAGGAUUCUAAACGUCGCAGCUUCUUUACCCUUAAGAAAACAUAAAUUGCUACUUCUAUUGAUGAUACCCGUAUCUUUACGCUUUACCUGAAAGGACACUGUCCGGUCUUCGCCCUUCAUUUUUUUUACAAUUAGCAUAUUUAAUAUAUUUUUCUUGUAGUUUGCACAUUAUAAUUAUAGAAAUAUUUUAAAUGUAUAGUAAUAUAUACUAUGUGAUUAAAAAUUAUCGACUGGGGCACAAAAAUACUCCUCGGUGAGCCAGUGUUUAUUAUUUAUUGAAUAAUUAUAAUAAAAUUUAACGUCCCUAUGUAACCUACAAUGUUUAUUGUGGCGGUCCUCACUGCCUCUAUGUUUAUAAUACCUACUCCUUAUAUUACGUUGCAAUAUUUUUUAAAGCUUUGCUUAGCAAAGGUAAGGUGAAAAGUCAUUUUAUUAUAUUUCUUUGUAAUUUGUAGUUAUGUCUAUUUUACAUAUAAAAUGUGUGCUUUUAAAA